GUUAACUACCUUUUAUUUUAUUUUACACAGGGAAUAAAUUAGGUCUACAUAUCGUCGUGCUUGCUCUGUUUGUUUACACUUGUUUAUUUUCAAACUCUUGAUUCUCUUACGUGACCGCAUUUUAUUUUUUUAGGUUUGUUUUGAGGGGGACAAUAAGGAGGCAAGUAACGUUUACUUGUUACUAGUCUUAGUUUCCUACCUUGGCUUCGGACACCUUUGUGUUUUAUCUUCUGUAUUGAAGUAUCUGGUGAAAGGGAACAUUUUCCACCAUGCUUGUGGAAGGUGGUGUGUUGCUUUGGGCCAGUUUCCACGGUCCAAAACUGUAAAAAACAAGGGACUUGACGACUCAACAAUCAUCAGCUGUUUCACCUGGACGUGUUGGAUACCAACGUUAAAACGACAUCAACUCAACUACUUCACUUAACUUGCUCUGUUCCAUUUGACAGCUUAUCACCCUCCUUCCCUUUAUAUAUGAUCAGUUUUGUGUCUGGGACAUUUUAGUUAACAUUUGUUCCUUUUUCGUUUCCAUCAUGUCUUGUGUUCAUUAUAAAUUCUCAUCUAAACUCAACUACGACACGGUCACUUUCGACGGUGUGAACAUCACUUUAUCCGAUCUGAAACGACAGAUUAUGGGUCGGGAGAGACUCAAAGCUGUCGACUGCGGACUACAAAUCACCAACGCACAAACUAAAGAAGAAUACAAAGACGAUGAGGCCCUGAUAUCCAAGAACUCCUCUGUCAUCAUCAGAAGAAUACCCAUCGGCGGAGUGAAGGCUACAAGCAAGACGUAUAACAUUGAUCGUUCUUCAGAACACAACCUCCCCGUUCAGAACUACCCCGUUGGAUCCUCCAAAAUUGAUGAUCAUGCUGCAUCUAUAUCACUGGCCCAACUCUCAAAGACGGGGAACCUGGCGGAGGCCAACGCCUCGGAGGACGACAAGAUCAGAGCCAUGAUGUCACAGUCCAACCACGAGUACGACCCCAUACAUUAUGUGAAGAAGUUGACGGGUCCCCCUCCAGCCAACUACACCUGUUAUCGCUGUGGGAAGAACGGACACCACAUCAGGAACUGUCCUACCAACGGGAAGGAGAAAGGGUUUGAGCCGCCCCAGAGGAUCAAGAAGAGCACCGGGAUCCCCCGGUCCUUCAUGAAGGAGGUGGACGACCCGUCUAUAAAGGGGGCCAUGCUGACCAACACCGGCCGCUACGCCGUCCCUACUAUAGACGCUGAGGCCUACGCUUUAGGUAAGAAGGAGAGGCCUCCGUUCGUCCCCAGGGACCAGUCCAGUUCCGAGGAGGACGAGGACCCGGUCCCUGAUGAGCUGCUCUGUCUGCUGUGUAAAGACCUGAUGACUGACGCUGUGGUCAUACCCUGCUGCGGCAACUCCUACUGCGACGACUGUAUCCGUACGUCUCUGCUGGAGUCAGAGGAACAUGUUUGUCCCACCUGUAGCCAAUCGAAUGUCUCCCCUGACGCCCUCAUAGCCAAUAAGUUCCUACGCCAGGCGGUAAAUAACUUUAAGAACGAGACCGGUUACACCAACCGCAUGAUGACGAGAGUAGCCCAGCCCCCCGUCGUCCCCACCCCUCCUCUCCAGCCUCAAUCCCGCCCUCAGUGCCCGCUCCAGCCUAUCAGGAGCCAGCAGGACCCUCUCAUGCCCCGCCCUCCAGCCUUAGACACGCCACCAUUGGCUCAGCAGCAGCAGCAGGUUGGCCCGCCCCUCAGCCCCUCAGGUCGUGGCAGGAACCAUAGCGACCGCGCCCCUCCCUCCCAGCCUCUGCCGCCCUCCAACGUGCCACCCCCUCUCUACAACCCUCCCUCCAUUUUCUCCUCCCCUCUCCCCCAUCCGCCAGGUGUCAUACCCCCCACUACCCGCCUCCCCACUUCCCCCCCCGGGCAACAGCCCCCCUCCAGCUUCUCCCUGCCCCCUCCUGGCUACACCCCCACCCCAGGAGUCACCAACCCCCCUGGGCGCCCCCAACACCCAGCCCCCCUCACCGGGAAGCCAAUCCCCUCUUCCUUCCUGUCCAAGGAUGAGUUCUACAGACAACAGAAGAGACUGAAGGAUAACUCCCACUGUCGCUACGGUAACCGGGAAAAGUCCAAGCUGGAUGAGUUCACGAACGACUUCGCCAAAGAGCUGCUAGAGUACAGAAAGAUCCAGAAGGAGAGGAGACAGCGCUCUUAUUCCAGGUCCAGGUCUUCCUACAGUAGCUCAUCCUACUCCAAAUCCCGUUCCCGUUCUCGUUCAUACUCCCGUUCCUCCAGUCGUUCCAGAUCCCGUUCCAGGUCCCGUUCCAGAUCCCGUUCCAGGUCUUACUCCCGCUCCUCUCCGUACUCCCGCCGCCGCGGACGACCUCGCGGCUACCGCUCCCGUUCCCGUGGCUACCGCCGAUCGCGCUCGCCGCCGCCUUUCAGGGACCGAGACGGUGCGGGACGGGGUAGAGGACGGGGACGAGGUUACCGGUCACGCUCUAAAUCACCUGGCCAAGGUGGGUACCGAACCCACACUCCUCCACCCCCAAGCUCCAGGAAACCUGUCGUCGCUGGGCCUCCACCGGAAGGUGAGAGGAAAUACCCGGGCCGGAUCCGGGAGAGGGAUCGGGAGCCGGCGGCGUACGACCGUGGUCCAGAGCACAAUGACCCGUACGAGAGGGAGAGGUACCGGGAGUGGGAGAAGGAGUACAGAGAAUGGUACGAGAAAUACUUCAAAAACUACAACUCCCACGACCCUCCUCCUCCCAAUAACCCCCCUCCCUACAGGGGCCGACCCGCCUUUAGUUUCACCCCGGUGCCACCCCCAGCCGGACGAGACAGAGACCCCUUCAACCCUCCUCCACCCUCUGACUUUUACCCCUCCCCUCGACACCGCCUGGGUCGUGGAUCUUCCCCCUUCAGCCGUGAGAGGAGGCGAGGUGAAGACUAUCCCCCUCCCUCCUCAAACCCUUCCCCCAGGGGCAGGAACCAGCCAAUGACUUACCAGGAGAAGUGUGCCGAGCACUUUGGUAAUCUGCCGGUGACCCGGUCAGCCAAUCAGGAUCCUCAGACGCCGUUGAAGGUCGCUAAGGGUGACAGAGAUCCGUCGUCGAGCGUCGCCGCGACCUCCGACCUGAAAGAGCAGAAGCACAGGAAGAGGAGGAAGACUGAGCAAGGGAAAGAGGAAGAGGAGUCCUUCAGUGCAUCGGACUCUACGGACGACGCUCGGAAAGAAGAGGAGGAGAAGAAGAAGAGAACCAGGAGUACUCCCGUUGGUUCGUCAAGCCAUGAUGACUCCACCCCCGUACGGGACGAGCCAAUAGACAGCGACUCCUCAGACCUAGUCCCCCCGGACAAAGCUGACAGGUGGACCAGGGACGUUAAGGAGAAGGAAGUGAGGAGAAAGAGUGACAAGGUGUAUAAACGCAGACCGGAUUCCAGAGCAGCGAGGAAAGACUCAUCGUCCAAGAGCUGGAAGACCGCAAGAGAUAGAGACGUAGAGACGGACCAGGACAAGACCGGUACAGCCCGGGAUAAGACCACCCCAGCCAGAACGGCCUACCAAGAGACUUCUCUAACAGAACCGUCAGUCAAACGGGUUAAAGAUGAAUCCAUUCCCUUCCAACCAGACACUUCCACUUCCCCCAAAGAGAGGUAGAACUCAUAUCCCCUGCACCUUUAGCAUCAGCUCCCAAACGACCUCCUCCUAAACCCCACCCAGACUCAUUCAAACCGGUUAGAACUGACCCAAACCAGUUUAAACCUGUCAGAACCGACCCAGACCAGUUCAACACAGUUCAAAUCCACCCAGACUCAUUCAAACCGGUUAGAACUGACCCAAACCGGUUUAAACCUGUCAGAACCGACCCAGACCAGUUCAACACAGUUAGAACUGACCUAAACCAGUUUAAACCAGUUAGAACCGGCCCAGACCAGUUUAAACCAGUUAGAACCGACCCAGACCAGUUCAACACAGUUAGAACUGACCUAAACCAGUUUAAACCAGUUAGAACCGACCCAGACCAGUUUAAACCGUUCAGAACCGACCUAAACCAGUUCAACACAGUUAGAACCGACCCAGACCAGUUUAAACCAGUUAGAACCGACCCAAACCAGUUUAAACCUGUCAGAACAGACCUGGACCAUUCCAGACCAGCCAAGGAGGAGCAGAGAGGGAAGAGAGAUACAGGGGUUCGGCAGGACAGGGGCUCAGGGAGAGAGGCCAAGCCCAGGAGAGAGGCUGACAACAGGCUGGGUAGAGAGCAGGAGAGAGCCUCUGGCAAAGCUCCAGACACCAAAUCUGAGAAGAGGAGGAGGAAGGAGGAGGAGGAGGAGGAAGAGGGGAAAGAGAGGAAAACAAGAAAGGAAGAGAGGAGUAUGUCUGAUAAAGAGAUGGACGUGCCCCAAAUCAAAUCUCCCAGUGUGGAGCUCACCGACACCGUAAAAACCUGCAACCUCAAACGUGACGUAGAGAAGGAGACGGAAAGAGAGGACGAGAGAGCUUCCGUAAGGCCUCUGAUGGAGAGUGGGAUGAAAGGAGGAGAAACUCAGAGGAAGAUCAAGACCAACAGAGAAGAAGGGAGGAGGACCGCUGGGGUUGUGAGCGUGGCCGGAGGAACAGAGGCAGCCAAUCAGAGCAGCUGUAUAAAGGGAAGCAAAGCCAAGAGGGUCCGUAGGGUCCUAGCGUCCGACGGACCAGGAACCGUAGUGGACUACACCAGCACCAGUCCUCCAGGGGGCAGUAGUCCUGUGUG